AUGUUCCCCAUUUAUCGGCAGAUAUUCCUUCACAGUGCCGCUGCUGCUCGUGCGGAUGCAGGUGCAGCGGCGCAUAAAGGAAGUCUGGUGCUUCCGAGCGGUAAUGGUAGUGUAAAACGAUCACCGGAAGGGAACAACGAUGAUGAAGUGGAUGACGAUGCUAUUAGAAUUCUGGAUGAAAAUUCCACCGUCAAAGAAUAUCCAGUAGGCCAAAAGACAACCGCAGUGAUUAGCAAGAAGAUGCAGACCAGUGGUGCAUCGGAAGCGCCACAUCGUCGAAGUAGAUGGCUCAUGACCUGGUGGAUUUGA